AUGCAGUCUAAACGAGAGUGUGAGCAAUGGUGUGAGAGGGUGAAUCCAGAGAACAAGGCAGCCCUGGAGGCGUGGGUAAGGGAGACUGGCAUCCGCCUGGUGCAGGUCAACGGGCAAAGGAAGUAUGGCGGGCCGCCCCCAGGCUGGGUGGGCAGCCCACCACCGUCGGGGUCCGAGGUGUUUAUCGGACGGCUGCCGCAGGACGUGUACGAACACCAGCUAAUCCCACUCUUUCAGCGCGUGGGGCGCCUCUAUGAGUUCCGCCUGAUGAUGACCUUUAGUGGUCUAAACCGCGGCUUUGCCUAUGCGCGCUACAGCUCGAGGCGCGGUGCCCAGGCCGCCAUUGCUACACUGCACAACCACCAGCUGCGUCCUUCUUGCCAGCUCCUGGUGUGCCGAAGCACGGAGAAGUGCGAGCUGACGGUAGACGGGCUGCCCUCGAGCUUGACCCGCCGUGCGCUACUGCUCGCCCUGCAACCGCUGGGGCCCUGCCUGCAGGAGAUACUGCUGCUCCCCAGCCCCGGUUCUGCACCCUCCCAGAUUGCGCUGCUCAAGUUCAGCACGCACCGAGCCGCUGCCAUGGCCAAAAAGGCCCUGGUAGAAGGGCAGUCACGCCUCUGUGGAGAACAGGUGGCUGUGGAGUGGCUAAAGCCAGACCUGAAGCAGCACUUCCGCCAGCAGCUUGCAGGUCCCUCGCUGCGGUUCCUCCGGCCGGAUGGCAGCCAGCUAACCCAGACCAGGGACAAGCUAGGGUCUCAAGGGGCUCGGGCUGCUCUGCAGCUGCUGUGUCAACGAAUGAAGCUGGGCAGUCCAGUGUUCCUUACCAAGUGUUUAGGAACGGGGCCUGCUGGCUGGCAUCGCUUUUGGUACCAGGUUGUGAUCCCUGGGCAUCCGGUGCCUUUCAGUGGCCUCAUUUGGGUUGUCCUGGCCUCUGAGUGGCAGGAUGGGCAUGAGGUGGCCAAGGAUGCUGUGUCUGCACAGCUGCUGGAGACACUGAGUGAGUCUUGGGCCAGCUUGUGGUCUCCUGGGGCUGAAGCAGGUACUCUGGUUAAGCAGUGA